GCGCCGCCGCAUGGUGUCAGUACUGAUGAGAUGGAAAACAGUGUGGUGGCUGAUGGCGGGUCGCGUCCGCCUCGUGUGCAUCAUCUGAGCGAUCGUGUAUAUGGGCCGGACCGAAGAAAGUGACCUGUUGGGCGCCUGCGUGCGCGAGAAUAGCUGGACCUGGUUUGGCAGCUUGUAAGCAAGUAGUACUUAUGCAUUGCCUGAUGGAAGGGUCAGGAUUAUCGAAAACAUGAACAACUAUUUCCUCUCUGCAGAAGAUACUCCAUCCUUCCUGUGAUCUUCCCUACCUCUUCUCCUGUAUCUUCCUCCACUCCUGCUGUGUAUCUUCCUCCACUCCUGCUGUUCGGUUAGGGAUUAGUGAGUAUUGCUAACAAUUGGUAUCAAAUUUGUUCGAUCCUCGGAGUUUUCUACCUCGAUCUGUUUUCCUCGACUGCUGCAUCGACAUGUCGCUCGAUACGAAGCUCAUCCUCAACGCCAUUAGCGAGCUCUUCGACAAGUUCGACGCGCGAUGGUCCAUGAGGGAUGCCGCGCGGGAGACAUCCAGGCGCGUCCCUGUUCCUACCCAGUGCACGGUUGUCGGAGCCGAUGUGGUCGCCGACAACUGGGGCAACCUCUUCGACAGUGCCGUCGAUUCCGACGAGCAGCGCUACGAGGAACCCAUCAACGCCGACAAUUGGGGCGGAUUCUUCGAUGGAGCAGACGCGUCUGCCAACGCCGAGUUCGUCGGCCACUGGGACAACCCUUCCUCCAACCCCGACGCGACUGCCUAUGUCACACCAGAGGUUGCGGUGGAAUCGGUGCACCCGGCCGCACGCGGACGCUUCUUCAACGACGAUUCGGGUGCCCCGCUUGACUCGGACGACGACAGCUCCGUCCACGGCGGCCACGGAUCCGUGAUGUCCCAUCUCCUGGAGCGCGAGGCCGACACCGCCUUCCUUCCCCACUCGGAUCAGCGGGAUGGAGUUGAGGCGUGGUUCAUCCUGCGCCGGUGCACUCCCGCCUCCUUCAACGUCGCCUCCACCGACCCCAACAACGAGGUCUCGAGCGCCGUUACCGCGGACGCGCUCGCUAAGGCCGCGCCCGCGCUCUUCGCUUCGAGGGCGCCCAGACCAUCGCUCAAGUACCUGGAGCUGCUUCUCCCGGCAGAAAUCGACUUCGACCACAUUGACCUACCGACUGCUGCCGCCGCAGGGCACAUCGUCGCCCAGGUCACCGGCAACAACGCGGUGUCCGUGGUGGAGGACCAACUCAGGUGCACCCUCUUGCUCACGCGUAACUUCCUGUCAAGCCACCACCAGGCCGUCAGCAAGGAGUGGGACAUGGUCGCCGUCGUGCACCCAGUGUGCAACCUGGGGGAAAAGGUGGACGCCAUCUGCACUGGCCAGAUCGAGCACCUGCUACUGCAGCACCUCAAGCCUUCACCUACCUCGAUUGGUGCCAAGGCGGUGUUCGAUGAAAUGCAGCAAAGCACCAAUUCCGCGACAACGACACCCGCAUCCUCAGCUCUGACAACAACAACGACUACAACCAUGGCUGCACCGGCCACCUGGCUGGACGCGCAGCCUGCUGUGUCGACAUGCUCAUCAGCAUCUUCUGCUCAAGAAGAUACACCAAUACCACUCCUCUUCCUUCGCGGUGGACUGGGUAUGAUGGAUAAUGUCUUACCUGCUAAUUCUACUUUCCUGUCUACCAACAUAUCACUCAGCAGCAUGGAGUGUCUGAGAGAGUUUAUGCUUCACCUUAAGCUCGGCACCGCCAGAUUCACUAUUUGUGACGAAAGUGUAGUGAACCUGUGGUCGUCGCCGGUGGAGCGAGUUGUUCAGCAACAAACAUGGCUACAACUUGAGUUGACAAAUAGUGGUCUUGACCUAUGGCCUAUCUCAUGGCAAUCGCAACAAGUCUAUUUUGGUACUCACCAUGGAUUCGCUGCAUGGCCCAGGAGCCAUGGCACAAUUCUUGUCUUCGAUUUUAGCAAUACCUUGUCCUGGAACAACUCAAUGUCGAUUGCUGCUUCAUGCUCAACCAACACCCUUUUUGCCAAGGAUGAUGGAGAUUCUAUGAACCGGUGUUUCAGUUGGUGUUGGAAGCCUCCAUGGUUACAUCCAGCUAUUUACAUCAGGAGGAGCAAGGAUUGUCAAUGCUUCCUCACUUGCGUCGGAGCUGAAGAGAAUGCCAAAUGAGAAGUUGCGAAACGAUUUGAGCAACAUUGACAUCUGGGACGAGGACCGGAUACAAGCAGUACUCAACACAUUCUUGGAAGACCUGAGGAGCGGUCGGCUGGAAGAGGCUGGGUGGCCCGUGAUGCUACCAGCCUACAGCCUGUCGAAAAUGGUCAUCAAUCUGUACACCAGGAUCAUAGCAAGGAGGUAUCCGGAGAUGCGCAUCAACUGUGUGCGACCUGGAUUUGUCACGACGGACAUCAGCUGGAAUCUGGGGGUCCUGACGCCUAAACAAGGUGCGAGAGGGCCAGUCAUGCUAGCUCUCCUCCCAGAUGAUGGACCAACGGGUUGGUACAGAGAUGAAAUGGGCGAUAAGAUGGGCAGCCUAUUAUUUUUCAAAAUGGUCAAGUAUUCAUCACUAGUCGAGGGAUUUUGUGGUGUGCAGUUUUCAUUUCCUAAUAUUCAAUUGUGCAAGUCUUGGUCACAGGAGUUAGCCACCAACACAGAAAGCCAUUUACUACCAGAAAUGCUAGAAGCGGCCAAUGGUUAUAUUUGUCAUGAGCUUCAUCUUAUGCUUACCUCUAUUGGAGUGACACAUAUGAUCGAUUGUGUUAAAUAUUUGAUAGGGGUUAUCGACUUGCUAACUCCAUGGGAUCCUGGCAUAGUGGUCUUCAACCUCAAGUUCCUGAUGCUUUGGCUUGAGGGCAAGCCAAAUCUUAAGAAGGGGGGAAUGUCAGUACUGAUGAGAUGGAAAACAGUGUGGUGGCUGAUGGCGGGUCGCGUCCGCCUCGUGUGCAUCAUCUGAGCGAUCGUGUAUAUGGGCCGGACCGAAGAAAGUGACCUGUUGGGCGCCUGCGUGCGCGAGAAUAGCUGGACCUGGUUUGGCAGCUUGUAAGCAAGUAGUACUUAUGCAUUGCCUGAUGGAAGGGUCAGGAUUAUCGAAAACAUGAACAACUAUUUCCUCUCUGCAGAAGAUACUCCAUCCUUCCUGUGAUC